UAUGCGUUACGUGGGUAAAUAUUCAAUUGACUAAGCACGCUAUUCGUUGUCGGUGUCCCAGGUCACCUAUGAUGGUAUGCGUUACGUGGGUAAAUAUUCAAUUGACUAAGCACGCUAUUCGUUUUCGGUGUCUCAGGUCGCGUAUGAUUGUAUGCGUUACGUGAGUAAAUAUUCAAUUGACUAAACCCGCUAUUCGUUGUCGUGUCUCAGGUCGCCUAUGAUGGUAUGCGUUGUGUGGGUAAAUAUUCAAUUGACUAAGCCCGCUAUUCGUUGUCGGUGUCCCAGGUCGCCUAUGAUGGUAUGCGUUACGUGGGUAAAUAUUCAAUUGACUAAGCACGCUAUUCGUUGUAGGUGACUCAGGUCGCCUAUGAUGGUAUGCGUUACGUGGGUAAAUAUUCAAUUGACUAAGCACGCUAUUCGUUGUAGGUGACUCAGGUCGCGUAUGAUGGUAUGCGUUACGUGGGUAAAUAUUCAAUUGACUAAGCACGCUAUUCGUUGUCGGUGUCCCAGGUCACCUAUGAUGGUAUGCGUUACAUAGGUAAAUAUUAAAUUGACUAAGCACGCUAUUCGUUUUCGGUGUCUCAGGUCGCGUAUGAUGGUAUGCGUUACGUGGGUAAAUAUUCAAUUGACUAAACCCGCUAUUUUUUGUCGGUGUCUCAGUUCGCCUAUGAUGGUAUGCGUUACGUGGGUAAAUAUUCAAUUGACUAAGCACGCUAUUCGUUGUAGGUGACUCAGGUCGCGUAUGAUGGUAUGCGUUUCGUGGGUAAAUAUUCAAUUGACUAAGCACGCUAUUCGUUGUCGGUGUCCCAGGUCGCCUAUGAUGGUAUGCGUUACGUAGGUAAAUAUUUAAUUGAAUUGAAAAAGCACGCUAUUCGUUUUCGGUGUCUCAGGUCGCGUAUGAUGGUAUGCGUUAGGUGGGUAAAUAUUCAAUGAACUAAACCCACUAUUCGUUGUCGGUGUCCCAGAUCGGCUAUGAUGGUAUGCGUUACGUGGGUAAAUAUUCAAUUACCUAAACCCGCUAUUUGUUGUCGGUGUCUCAGGUCGCAUAUGAUGGUAUGCGUUACGUGGGUAAAUAUUCAAUUGACUAAGCCCGCUAUUCGUUGUAGGGGGCUCAGGUCGCGUAUGAUGGUAUGCGUUCCGUGGGUAAAUAUUCAAUUGACUAAGCACGCUAUUCGUUGUCGGUGUCCCAGGUCGCCUAUGAUGGUAUGCGUUACGUAGGUAAAUAUUUAAUUGACUAAGCACGCUAUUCGUUUUCGGUGUCUCAGGUCGCGUAUGAUUGUAUGCGUUACGUGAGUAAAUAUUCAAUUGACUAAACCCGCUAUUCGUUGUCGUGUCUCAGGUCGCCUAUGAUGGUAUGCGUUGUGUGGGUAAAUAUUCAAUUGACUAAGCCCGCUAUUCGUUGUCGGUGUCCCAGGUCGCCUAUGAUGGUAUGCGUUACGUGGGUAAAUAUUCAAUUGACUAAGCACGCUAUUCGUUGUCGGUGUCCCAGGUCGCCUAUGAUGGUAUGCGUUACGUGGGUAAAUAUUCAAUUGACUAAACCCGCUAUUUGUUGUCGGUGUCUCAGGUCGCGUAUGAUGGUAUGCGUUAUGUGGGUAAAUAUUCAAUUGACUAAGCCCGCUAUUCGUUGUCGGUGUCCCAGGUCGCGUAUGAUGGUAUGCGUUACGUGGGUAAAUAUUCAAUUGACUAAGCACGCUAUUCGUUGUCGGUGUCUCAGGUCGCGUAUGAUGAGAUGCAAAACAAGGUAAAGGAACUGGAGCAAGUCACCACCCAGUCCCCACCCGACAUGAAGAGGCUGCAACUCGUGCUGCAGGGCAGCGUCAGUGUACAGGUUAACGCUGGGCCUCUAGCGUACGCCCAAGCCUUCCUGGACAAGACUGUGUGUCACAAGCAUCCAGGCAAACACAUCGAGCGGCUACAGAAUGUGUACAGGGAAUUCCUGAAGUUCUGCGGUAAAGCGCUAGAGAUCAAUAACCAGUUGAUUAAAGAAGACCAGCGUAUGUACCACGACGAUAUGAAGGAGAAAUAUGGACUGCUGAGAACAGAGCUAGCGAAGUACAUCGACGAGGAGAAUUCCAGUAUGCUCAAGCAAGGUAACAGUACCACCUCUCUCGGCCUUACCAUGAGAUGAUAUAACAAGGGGACAUGCGCAAGACGGUCAACACCGCUGGUCGGUGACUUGAUACUCGCUGGCGCCGCUGGUCUCUUCUAUGUACCGCCCCACGUUAAACAUGACACCGAGCCGUCAGAGAGCUCGUGACCGUCACCAAUACCAGGAACGAUCAAUCGAUCAAAGAUUCCUUUUCCAGGCAUUUGGUACAUGACCUUUUCAGACCGAAAAAAACGUUUUUCCUGAUUUUAUUCCCUGUCACUGGUGAAAAAAGGCAACACCGCGUCUAUUUAACACUAGUGUGUAGACUUUGAACGGUGGUCGUGACACAGUUUAAAGGGUAUGCCCUUCACAGAAAUAUUGAGUUGUUGUUUUCGAGAGUAGAAGGUCUAAACAGUGCAAUAAAGCUGAUAUGACAAAGCUAUUGAGCUAUUCGAGUGAGUUUGGUAAUUUUUUUUUUUUAAUUUUCUUUUUAGUUUUCUUUACUUGAUCUGUCUUCCAAUAAUGAAUUUAAACAACAACAAAGGCGUGAGUGACAAAGGCUCUUUAAAGGACCCAAUAUACGGCUAUACUAUAGCCCAAAGGCUGAUUAGUAUUGUGCGAAGUCGUUUUUUUUUUAUAAAACGAGACGCGUUUCAACUAAAGCAAAAGGAGCGUCUGGUUUUGAGAGCAAGUUUCCUAGAGAGAAGGUCAAUGUUCGUGUGAAGUGUCCACUUUCGACACACAAUUUUAGCAAUUAAACCCACGCACAUCGUCUGUUGAGUUCUAUUGGGUUUUACUCAGUCUGUAAGUGGGUUAGUACUCUAUUAACUCGCAUUAUCUCGCUUAUCCUAACCUUAUAUGAAGUACUAACACGGUGUCUUGGCGUAAUGCAUUGGUUGGUUCGUGAGCGCUCGGAUGAUGUCCGUCGGUACACGUGCGUGACACUUUUAUUUUGUUUUUGUUUUUAAUGGUUUAAACUCAUUACUUUGGCAAUAUAUUAGUUUCGUGUAUUUGUUGAUCCGUUAGAAAUAUUAAUUUAGCCGUUUUUAUUGUAGGGUGAAUUUCACUGUUUUUUUUUUUCUACUGAAAUUUGCAUUGGGUUUUAUACCCUAUCGCGUCACGCAAGCCGGAUCAACGCACUUCAAAGUUUCAAAGCUAUGAUCCUUUAUUCUAUUUUGCUCGAGUCACAUCACCGUUCAAACACUCUGGGCCUUUUGAAAACCUUUUAAGGUUCAUUCUGGCAUUGGUAGAAUAUAUCGCCGUAUUUAAGUAAACAAAUAGAAAUAAAUACCGUAUGGGAUAGGGUGGGUCCAUAUACGGUUCUUUUCGUUUAUGCCGAAUUGGAUAAUUCAAAUGUAACUGAUUCUGCCAUGUACGCGUCGUUGCGUUGGAAGUAAGCGCAUUUGAAAGGGUAAAUAAUUGAAUGGCAAAUUUUGCGCCACAAUUUUUAGAGGGAGAAUAAUGUUUUUCAAUAGCAAUAUAGAAAUGUUAAUUAGGAAUAAAUGUUGUAAUUGCAACUUUUUUUCUAUUUUGUUAAUAUCAAAGGAAGUAUUUUUUGUAAAGUUCAUCAUAUCGAAAUAAAUGUAAAGAGUUGUUGUCUGCUAAAACUGAGUGCUCACAAUACGCUCUCGCAGCCACAGGUAGCCCGAAGUCAUUUGAACAAGGCUCGGUUUCCAGCCGUGGUUACGUCGCGCUCUCCUACACUGACUCCUGUUCGUGACGUCACAUCGUAACUGAGAUAAUUAUGCGUGAUGUGCGGACUCGGGGUUUUCCUGCCUAAAAGAGAGCUCUUUCACGGCAAGUUUUUGCUGGGGCCUUACAGUCUUCCUAACCGAACUUUUCUAACUAUGAGUUGAACACUUUCGCGAACCCUCCGGCCGCCAUUUUGAACUCUAAGCGUGGUAAUUAUGCUAAUGUAUUUACAUUAUGCUAAUGUAAGUUUCUGAUUGGCUAAUCCAGACAAAGUCUCGUACCCAGCGCCCAGCCUUGGAAUAGGAGAGGAUCGCGGGCGCAUCGAAACAACCACGGCUGGAAACCGAGCCUAGUCUCAAGAUGUUUGUAUUUGUUGUGUAAUGGAUCAGGGCUAUCCCAGAUUUGCGGUCUAGCUGUGGUGGAUUUGUAUAAUAAAAGUUGAAUUCUCUUACGCAA